AUGACCAGUCCCCACGGGGUUCUUGAGGAGAAGACCCAGCCUCAAACCACGCCCGCCAAGGAAAGCAGGGCUUCAGGCAAGGAGAAUUCCCCGCAAGCCACAAAGACAGAGGAAGGGCCAACACCUCAUUACGAUGACAUCAAAAAGAGAAGUGCUGCACAGUCGGGGUUUGAGGUCACACCUCUUUCUGGUCGUGGGAGUAUGCAGCCUCUGGGCGAUGCCUGCGCCCCUUCCCCCAUUCUACCCACUCUGCCACUGCGCCGUGAGGGAAAAGACAAACCCCAGAGUUUCAGUCAGGUUGCCGAAAAAACUGAUAUUCAAGAUGACAAGCUCCAUGCUCUGGCCAAGGGCAGAAAGAGAGAUUUCAGCACCGGAGGAAAUAGUGAUCCUGGCGAUCCCUUUGGAGGCUUCAAGACUAACUCUGACCACUCGAUCUCCGACAUUUACGAUGGGUUUGAAACAGACAGAAAGUACAGCUUCCUCUGCAGUCCUGCGGAGAAAGAGGUCUCGUCUGCUCUUCGUGAGGUCAUUGGAAUCAGUCAGCCCUCGUCUGGCCAGCUUCUCCGAUUCCGAGAUGAUCGUACUCCGUCAACACCUGCCUUUGAUACCGCAAAGUUUGCCAGCAGACUGCGAGAGGAAAAGCGAAAACAAGCGGAGCGCAACAAGCAAGGUGGAGGCUUUUACAAUAGCUCAGCAAUCGACUCGGCCUGGCACAUGUCGGAGACUGAGAUCAAGAUACCCACGUCGCCGUUUCCCAUUCACUCCAGCGACCUCGAUACGCCUGAGACUGAGGAGCCCUGGAGUCAUAUUGACCUGAGAGAUGGCGGCAACGAUUCACCGUGGACUGCGAUGCCCGCUACCUCGAGCGUAGCGGGUCAUGCCCAAGAUUGGGUCACAGUCUCAGAGGAGCAACAAGACGAUCCCCUACGCACCCCUGUUGUCUCUAUGGGCAGGGUGCUCACUGGAAGUAGCGUUGCCAACUACUCGGAUCAUGUCCUUAUUGCCAAAAGGCCAGAAAGUAUUCCUAUUCAUGACCCCAGAGCCAUUAACCCUAACCUCAUGCCUUGGUGGGACAAGCUACCAAGCGCAGGAAAACCAUCUCAGGUAUCUCCCACAGGGCCACCAACCCACAGUGAUGGUAAAAAGCCCGUCUCUAUCACACGGCAGGGUGAUUUAGUACCCCUAUUUGUGAUUUCAGUUCUUUCCCCGGCUGACCAAUACGCAGACUCUUGCCAAUCGGGACUCUUUCCAUUCAACCCUUGUGGUGUCCAGGGAGCUUUGAGCAAACUCUCCAGCACCGGACGACAGUCAAAGUACGAGCGCUUUGAUGACCAACAAGGGCUUGAGAUGCAGCCGCUGCCAACGGAGAAGAACAAGUCUUCACGCAAUCCCUUUCGCCGCGGGCAGCCCCGCCCAAUUACGUCGUCAACUCAGACAGCGCCAGACGACAACUCGCAGGCUCCACUGUUCGCAGCUCGGCCGCUGAGCAACUACGAGCACCUCCAUUUCCCCCUGGUGGCCCUACAGGAUGCGCAGCGCAUCCAGGGGUACCGCCGUGCGAGCGGCCUCGAAGACCAGACCACGUCUGGCAGGUCCGUCAGGUACCAGCCCAUGGUGGCCCGCAGCUCGCAGCGCACGCUUCUCCUGACGCCUCCUCCCCGCACCUAUGUGCGAACAUCGUCUCUCUACAGCACUGACCUGCCAAACCCGAGUCUGCACGGCGGCGAGACAGCACGCUCCUCCUGUACGUUGAGUCCUCGCAGUCAUUCUCGUGCCUUCCGUAUUAACAGCUUCCCAGACUACGGCAACCCCUUGCGCCAGAACCCAGCCAUGGUCUCUGGCAUGAUUUCAGGCAGCCCAUCUAAGCGCAGGCCUGGAAACCCAGCCGCAGAUCGCCUCUCCCGUCACAGCGCACACCUGACCGGCGGCCUGCGCCCGCGGCCCCACCUCACGACGCGCAGCAUGACGCGCCGGUACCAGGAGGGGACCGAUCCAGAGCUGGGCCGUCUCGCAGGCAGCGAGGGCAGCCACCGGCGCCACAGGUCGCUGCCUCUCUCGCCCGAGGCCACAGAAGCGGCAGACGUUCUUCUUCCUGCUGACGGUCGUCAUCAACGUGUCCCUGCCGUUCUGGGGGCCUGA